CUUGCUAUAUUAGCCAAUAUGAUGAACAUCCUCUUCAUCAUAUAUGACAAGCGUUUACACAAACCAAUGUAUCUUCUGAUUUGCAACCUUGCUGUUGUUGAUAUACUAUACACGUCCAGUAGCAGUCCAACAAUGAUUGGGGUUCUAGUUGCUGGUGUUAAAACCAUAUCCUAUGUGCCAUGCUUCAUUGCAAUGUUUGCUUUCCACUUGGGAGGGGUAAUGGUGACAUUUGCUUUAUCGAUUAUGGCAUUUGAUCGAUUGAUUGCUAUUAGUUGCCCAUUUAAGUACCACAGUUAUUUAACAAAUGUGCGCACUCUUGUCCUUACAUAUAUCCUGUGGAUUGUUGCCUGUGGUUUUGCGUCCUAUCUGCAAGCAAUCCUGCUACCUCUCCCUCACUGCCACUCAAAGCUGAAGCAUAAUUUCUGUGAAUUUGCUGCCAUAAUACGAACUACAUGUGUUGAUCUCACACCCUAUUUCAAUCUGGUUGCCGUUAUAGUAUUUAUUUAUUUAUUUUUCACUUUCACGUUUAUUUGCCUGUCAUACAUCUUGAUCAUAUUUUUUGUUAAAUUAUCCUCAAAUAGUAACAAAAGGAAAAUGGGCAGCACUUGUUUGAGUCACUUGAUUGUGGUAACGUGUUAUUACUGUCCAGUAUUUGUUAUCGUUGUCUUGACCAGGAUGGGUGUGGUAUUAACUCUUGAGGCUCGCCAUGGCUUAUUGAUCGGGACCAUCCUCGGUCCAUCUCUUGUAAAUCCUUUUGUGUACUGUCUUAGGACAAAAGAAAUUAGAUGUAAGAUCUUGGGAAUUUUCAAAAGCAGUUGAGACAUUUCAGUAGAUCCUCAUGAAUUGUCAAUUUGUUAAUACUUUAUUAUGGAAGAUGCAUCCUUUUAUGAUCUAAGUAAUAUGAUAUAAUGAUGGAAUCAUUCAUCCAUGUAUUUUCUGAACUGUUAAUCCUGUUUAGGGUUGUAAUGGACAGAAGCUUAUCCCAACAAACAUUGGGUGAGAAGCAGUCUACAUCCCGGUCAAUUCAGCAAUCUAUUGACAAACACAGUCACACUUACAUGUUCACAGCAAUUUAGACUUUCCAGUCAACCUAACCUGCAUGUCUUUUGACUGUGGGAGGAAACUGGAGGAAACCCACACAGAGCCAAGGAAAAACAUGCAAACUCUCUCAUAACU